UAUCUCCUCUAAAUGCGUUCUCAUUUACGCUUCCCGAGGCUUCUUCAAUUGGGCGAUCAAAGAGUCUAAAAUCAAAAGUGAAACGUGGAUAAACUUUCACCUAAAUCACAGAUACUACUGGGAUCUGCUUCUACUACAGUCUCCAUGGAUCCUGAAGCAAUAAUCUCUUAUCAAUUUCCCGAGGCUGAAUUCACCUAUACGGAGAGAGAUGUAGCGUAUUAUGCCCUAGGUGUUGGAGCAUGUUCAGGGGAUGCUGUAGAUAAGAAAGAGCUGAAAUAUGUCUACCAUGAAAAUGGGCAAUCACAUAUAAAGGUGUUGCCGACAUUUGCUACUUUAUUCAAUCCAGGGGCUAUUCGGAAUUUUAUGAGUAUUCCAAGCAUGGAAUUUGAUCCAAGGCUUCUACUGCAUGGCCAGCAGUACAUUGAAAUCUACAGUCCUUUACCUGCAAAUGCCUGUAUACAAAAUAAAUCCGUAGUUGCAGGAUUGCAUGAUAAAGGUAAAGCAGCUGUCAUUGAGGUAGAUACCACAAGUUAUGACAGAGAAUCUGGCAAAGCUCUAUGCCUGAACCGGCUGACUGUUUACUUGCGAGGUGCUGGUGGCUUCUCAAAAUCAUCACCCCCAUAUUCGUGUAGCAAGUACCCAUCCGAUCAGAUUAAGCCUGUUAAGUUUCCGAACUGCCAACCUUUCACAGUCAGCGAGGAAUGCACACAAAAAUCUCAGGCACUACUCUACAGGCUAUCGGGUGAUUAUAAUCCUUUGCACUCAGAUCCCAUGGUGGCAGAGGUAGCAGGGUUUUCUCGCCCAAUACUGCAUGGAUUGUGUACACUUGGGUUUGCAGUAAGGGCAAUUAUAAAAUGUGUUUGCAAUGGGGAACCAACUAGAGUUAAAAGUAUACUUGGUCGUUUCCUUCUACAUGUUUACCCAGGCGAAACAUUGAUCACAGAAAUGUGGGUAGAAGACUCGAGGGUCUUAUACAAGACGAAGGUGAAAGAGAGAAACAAAACAGUUCUCUCCGGUUAUGUUGGUAUCCAUCCUCCCACAGCAUCAUUGUAAUUUUUCUGCAGGGAUAAACUGCAUAAUGAUGAAGCACGCCCAUAGCUGAACUGUAUGCCACCUUUAAAUGUACAAGUUUUAGUGUUUGCUUUCCUGACUUACCUUUUAUUGAAUAACCCUGUUUGAGGACACAGUAAUUAAGUUACACAGACACUUUGAAUUUACUUUAGUACUUGGAAUUUUCGUUGCUGUAUCGGCAUUUGCCAAGCAUCUUUUUAAAAUACUGUAUACCAUCCGGGCUGUUGACCAACUAAAGAAUGAAGUUUACAA